UUUUUAUAACCGUUUCUUUUGGCUCCUUGUUGCGCUUCUCUUCAUGUUGCUCUCAUUUUUUUCUCUCUCCUCUAGGUCUGUGUUGCUGUUGUUGUUGUUGUGAGUGCGAAGGAAAGAUUUUUUUGGUGGCAACUCCCAUGGCAACUUGUUGGCCUUUGUCUGCAAACAUUACAUUCGAAUGAGGAGAAGGGGGGAAGGAGAAAAGUGGAAUGGGUGAAGUAGAUAAAGCUGAAUUUGUUUACUUAUCCGUCUGGCGGGUCGGAGGAACAUAUCCCGAGCGAUGUUCAUGUGGAGCUGGAGCCGGAAUUUGGUAUUUGGCUCGGAUUGCUUGUGCGUUUCUUAUCGUCAUACAGGCAUCAUCAUUCAUCCGUUUGAAACCUCAACUUUUCCCCUGGGACUGUUAAAGGAACUGGGCGAGCGUCUUAUCAGUGACACGCCCACUCUCCAGGACACAGGACAAGGGACACAGCAUACAGGACAUGCGUGUGCACGCACACCCACUCGAAAGGAGGACACACAUUGUGUACAGUGCCAUCGAUACCAGCAGCUAUCGGCCAUCAGCUGUUCGUGACUCGACGUCGGCAGAGGAAAACGCUUGAGAAAAAAACGGUGCCUUUUGUUGUAAACGCCUGACUCGCGCACUACCGCAGACGCCAAAACCCGCCCGUCGAGCACCGCCGCCCACCAGCAGUCGUAGUAGCGUAACUCCAAACAACAACAGUAACCACCACCCCCCUGGAGCGGGAGUUGCCUGGUUUUCCGGAGUGGUGCGGCAAACCAAACGCGUCCGCGUCGCAUCGUAGCAUCGCAUAGCGUCGCGUCGAAUUGGCGGCGGCGGCUGAGGAAUCAAAAUUAACCGUUUUUCCAGUGUAAGCGCGAAAAAGUCUCCAACACUCGCGUAUAUAAAUAUAUAUAUUUUCUAAUCACAUCGGAGACUAACUGCGGCUAACAACUUCUUAUUGGAGUUUGAAAUACAAACAGUACUUAAUUUUUUUUUUUUUUUUGAAUUUGUAUAAAUUUGAAAUUUAAUUAUUAGUGGUACCCUAUACUACCAUAGUUUUGUUUCGGUUUUUGUGUUUUGUUGAUUGUUGAAGUGAAAUUUAUACACGAGAGACGCGGCUAGCGUUGCGCAGCCGAUAAAAUGUUCAGUCCCGAAUAUGAGAAACGCAUCCUGAAGCACUGCAGUCCUGUGGCAAGGAAUCUGUUUGACAAUCUCGAGUCGUCCACCACGCCCACAUCCUUGGAUCGCUUCAUACCAUGCAGAGCGAACAACAACUGGCAGACGAACUUCGCCUCGAUCAACAAAUCCAAUGACAACUCACCGCAGACGAGCAAGAAGCAGCGAGAUUGUGGAGAACCUGCACGCGAUAGUCUAGCCUAUUCCUGUCUUCUGAAGAACGAGCUCCUCGGAUCCGCCAUUGAUGAUGUGAAGACAGCCGGUGAGGAGCGUAAUGAGAACGCCUACACACCGGCGGCCAAGAGGAGUCUCUUCAAGUAUCAGUCGCCCACCAAACAGGACUACAAUGGCGAAUGUCCCUACUCACUGUCCCCGGUGAGUGCCAAGAGCCAGAAGCUCCUCCGUUCGCCACGCAAGGCCACCAGGAAGAUCUCGCGCAUUCCCUUCAAGGUACUCGAUGCGCCCGAACUGCAGGAUGAUUUCUAUUUGAAUUUGGUCGAUUGGUCAUCGCAGAAUGUUUUGGCCGUGGGUCUGGGUAGCUGUGUCUACCUUUGGAGUGCCUGCACCAGUCAGGUAACCCGCCUGUGUGAUCUCAGUCCGGAUGCGAACACGGUGACGUCGGUGUCGUGGAACGAACGCGGCAACACCGUGGCUGUGGGCACCCACCAUGGCUACGUGACCGUCUGGGAUGUGGCGGCCAACAAGCAGAUCAACAAGCUAAAUGGCCAUUCGGCGCGCGUUGGAGCCCUGGCCUGGAACAGUGACAUUUUGUCCAGUGGCUCGCGUGAUCGUUGGAUCAUCCAGCGGGACACCAGAACGCCACAGCUGCAGUCAGAGCGCCGCUUGGCUGGCCAUCGGCAGGAGGUUUGCGGCUUGAAAUGGUCACCGGACAAUCAAUACUUGGCCAGCGGCGGCAAUGACAAUCGUCUGUAUGUGUGGAAUCAGCAUUCAGUGAAUCCGGUGCAAUCGUAUACGGAACAUAUGGCGGCGGUGAAGGCUAUUGCCUGGUCACCGCAUCACCACGGACUGCUGGCCAGCGGCGGCGGUACGGCGGAUCGAUGCAUUCGCUUCUGGAACACGCUCACCGGCCAGCCCAUGCAGUGCGUGGACACUGGAUCGCAAGUGUGCAAUCUGGCCUGGUCCAAGCACUCCUCGGAGCUGGUCUCCACGCACGGUUAUUCGCAGAAUCAAAUCCUAGUGUGGAAGUAUCCAUCGCUGACGCAGGUGGCCAAGCUGACGGGCCAUUCGUACAGGGUUCUCUACUUGGCCCUCAGUCCCGAUGGCGAGGCCAUUGUCACCGGCGCUGGCGAUGAGACGCUACGCUUUUGGAAUGUGUUCAGCAAGGCGCGUAGCCAGAAGGAGAACAAAUCGGUGCUGAAUCUGUUUGCCAACAUCAGAUAGAAGAAGGACAAUAUUGCAAGGACGAAGACUGAAGCGAGGCAAAAGGCAAAAAGGCCAAAGGCAAAACACAACCACAACAUACACCACACACCACGCACCACACACACACAACAAUCCAACACAACCAAGCAACCAAGGAAACCAAUCAGCAAAAACCAACAACUAAUCCCAACUAAUCAAGGCUCUUAUCUAUGGUAAAAAACAGAAGAAUACGAUCAUCAGCACGCCGCUCGUUUAGUAAAUUUUGCAGGCAAUCGCAGCAGCAAUAGUUUAAACAAAUUUAAUUUAAGUCUAGCUGGUUAUGUAGUAACAUUUUAAAUAGGAAGCCAGAGCAUCAGCUGAACUGAAGGAAUGAAUCCGGAACUAAGUCUGAAUCCGGAACUAAAUUAAGCCUAAAUUCUAGUUUGUAAUAACUUUACACCCACUCACUCGCUCACUGUCUUAGUAUGUAGUAGUGUACAACUAAAAUUUAUUGUUUUAUAUAUACCUAUACGUAUAUAAAACUAUUUUUUUUUUCGUACACCUAAUUUAAGGCAAUUGUCACGCAAAUAUCUUUUUUUUUGCUUA